AUGCAAAACCCUGGUGCACAUGAAAACACAGGCUUGCAGUCCCAGCCGCCUCCUGAGGAGCAGAACUAUGGAGCUACUGCAGCACGUGUGAGACAAGGUCCAUUCGUGUCUGUGUCAAGGAAUGGUCCAGCAAAGAGAUAUUACCUGAUAGUUGCUGUGCUGUGCUAUGUGAAUUUAAUAAAUUUCAUGGAUUGGUUCAUUGUACCAGGGAUCCUGUUAGAUAUACAGAAAUACUUCAAGCUUAGCGAUGGGGAUACAGGUCUACUGCAAACAGUCUUCAUCUUGUGUUACAUGCUGGCUGCCCCCAUCUUUGGAUACCUUGGUGACCGCUACAAUAGGAAAAUCAUCCUUGGAGCUGGUAUUUUCUUCUGGUCUGGUGUAACAUUAGGCAGUUCAUUCAUCAGUGAAUUGCAUUACUGGAUAUUCUUUCUUUCACGAGGACUAGUUGGCAUUGGCACGGCCAGUUAUUCCACAAUAGCACCUACUAUCAUUGCAGACCUGUUUGAGGAAGGAAAAAGGACCACAAUGCUAUCGAUCUUCUAUAUCUUCAUUCCAGUGGGAAGUGGUCUUGGUUAUGUCCUAGCAGCCGGCAUGGCAGAUAUCACAGGUGACUGGCACUGGGCGUUCAGGAUAACUCCUUGCAUGGGAGGCCUAGCACUGGUUCUUCUGAUUCUACUGGUCCCUCACAGGACCCAGAGAAGGACAGCAGCCCACAGAGCACUGAGCAUCUCGGGCACAAUACGAGUAGCAGCUGAGAAACCAGGUGUACAGAGAACUGCCAAGACUACUUGGUGUCAAGAUGUCAUAUCACUUGCCAAGAAUUGGAGUUUUGUCUGGUCCUCGCUGGGUCUGACUGCCAUGGCCUUCGUUACUGGAGCCCUGGGAAUGUGGGUACCACUGUUCCUUUACAGGGCUCAGGUUCUCCAGGGCAUUGUAUCACCAUGCCUCCAAGAAUCAUGCAAUUCAUCUAACAGCCUAAUAUUUGGAGGAAUCACCAUUGGGACGGGAAUCUUGGGUGUCAUUACUGGGGCAGAAGCAGCAAGAAGAUUAAGGAAGAUAAACAAUAAAGCUGAUCCUCUGAUCUGUGCCAUGAGCAUGUUCAUUUCUGCUCUGUGUCUCUACAUAGCUCUGAUGGUGGCCCAGACGAACAUCCCUUCCACUUUUAUUUUUAUUGCAUUUGGAGAACUGUUUUUAUCUGUAAACUGGGCUGUUGUGACAGACAUACUGUUGUACGUUGUGACACCAAGACGGCAGUCUACAGCUAUUGCCCUGCAGAUUUUGGUGAGCCAUUUGCUGGGAGAUGCAGGCAGCCCAUAUCUCAUUGGGAUUAUCUCCAGUGCUAUCCAGGCCAAGAAUGCUCACUCAUUCCAGUGGAGUUUCUGGAGCAUGCAGUACAGCUUUAUCGUGUGUGCUUUUGUUGGUGUCUUUGGAGGAGGUUUUUUCCUCCUGACAUCUUUCUACAUUGAGGAAGAUCGUAAAGAAGCGGAGAGGCUUUGAGGGACCAGAAAUGAACGCUGUCUUUCAAAUGAAGAUGAACUCUGGGGCAAGAUUUGCAAAG